AUGAUGACCGGUGUUUCAGGAAGCGGGCUGUCGGACUCGGGACUGUCAGUGUGCGACGCGUUCCCGCGCGCCGUGAACGUUUUCGCGCGUAUUUGUGCAGUCACCGACGCGAGUGGAAAAUUGCCGGAGCCUCCGGGCGAAGAGGCUUCCCUCUUGGCUGUGUAUUUAUUAUAUCGCGAGGCAGUCCGCCCCCGGCGCUCGGCCAAUGACGCAGUGGGCGCCGCCCCCGCUAGGCAGCGCGCCUCUCUGCUUCCUAACCUUGCUCCUGCUACUGAGCGCCGG